AUGGUACAAUUGACCUCACGAGCUUUGCACUAUAUCAUGACCGAGAACGAGGCUCCGCAAAACGUCACUAUCCCAACCCAGCUCAGUGCACAGAACCUAAUUCAGUAUUUUCUCGACUAUGGUGGCUCUCAAGACACACCAGUCAACGUCAUACCACCCGUCUGGGUUGCUUCGCCUGAACCUGGUUCUUCUUCAGUUGUUGGCACCUUCAUUCAGAGCAAUUGCGCUGGCCUGGAGCAAUACAUGAUUUCGGAUUUACUGCUCAACAAAUUCAAUCAAUCUGUGCUGUUGUCCAGUUCUUGUUUAUCUACAAAGACUUGUACAGUAGCCGCUUUCUGGGAGCCGUCUCAACACGAACUGGCAGCAGACAGUGGUUCUUGGGUGGUCCGCACAGGCUCGCUCUCGAACUCCGGGCAUGGCUUACCCAAAACUACGCGGCCGAUUUCCGCUGAUUUCGGCAGCAUCACUGGCUUGAGCAACCCGUCAUUUGGCGCCAUGUUAUCCAAAGGUUCACAAAGUGACAGCACCAGACUAGCCGCCGCGUUAGCUACCGUCUUUUCCGAGAUUCCUUGGAAAGAGCAAAUACAAAGCGCAUCUGGGCAUGAGCCGUAUACGGUAUUCGAAAUCGUCUUAACGCGUCUUGGCUACGGAUACGAGAUGUCGUCUACACCUACACGCUUAUCGCUAGCCGUUGUCAUGGCAUACUGCAUGUUCGCUGUCGGAUACAUAACAUACAUGCUCAGUAGCGGCCACACAUCCACGGCAUGGAGUUCGGCAACUGAGAUCAUUGUUCUUGCGAUGCAGUCAAAGCGCAGCGAGCAUUUGCGCCAUGAGCCUGUUGGGAUACGAGUCAAUGAUCACAAUCACUUAGAAUUGGUAUUCAAGCAUGAUGAAAGUAAUCGGUUGCGGGAACUAAGAAGGGUCAGGUUGAACAAGGCAUAUUAA